UCAUUCAUUUUCAUUCAGGCAGUGGGUGGCGCUCCCCUUCAUCCCCGCUUUGCGGCUCGCGAGCGCGCGUCCGCAUUCAUCCGGCCAGCCGGCGAGCCAGACGGAGCUUCCUCCCCCCCGUCAGACCCGAGCCGAACCCCGCCGAGCGCCAGCGUCGACUGGCGGCGUCAACGCAUCACGCACGCACGGACGCGCGCACCGGCGGGAUGACCUGCUAGCGCAUCUCGACGCACACGACGCGCGUUUCUCCCCCCCCCCCACUGCCAAGCGACAUUCGGCCUCUCUGCGUGUCCUUUUCUCGCGACCAUGGAGACGGUCCGGGUCCACGAAGUCCUCUCCCGGCUUCUGCUCCUCAGCCUCGUGGUCGGAACAGCGGAACCUUUGGUGCGAAACUUGAAGAAACUCCAAGAAGAUAUCGACUGGUCGUACACAGGUGCCCUGAACCAGCGUAACUGGGGGAAGAAGUACCCGUCCUGUUCCAGCGCCAGGCAGUCCCCCGUGGACAUCGACGAGACCUUCACGCAGGUCCGACUUCAGUACCAGAACCUGCGACUGGAGAGCUGGGACCGAAUCAUGGCGGAGUCCACCACUAUCCACAACAAUGGCAAAACAGUGGCUAUCAAUGUGGACGGCGACUUCUACGUAAGCGGAGGUGGGCUGAGCUCCAGGUUCCGCGUCGAUACCGUCACCUUCCACUGGGGGCGCUGCAAUGCGACUUCCGGUGGGUCCGAGCACAGCCUCAAUGGGAUGAAAUACCCUCUUGAGAUGCAAAUCUACGCCUACGAUCCCGCCGCCUUCCGAAGUAUUGAGGAGGCCAUCAGGGAAGGAGGCAGGAUUGCGGCAUUAGCUGUGCUCUUUGAGGUCAGCUUGUAUGACAAUGAAAACCUCAAUCCUAUCAUCGACGCUGUAAACACUGUUACUCGAUUCGGUAAGAGUGGAUCAAUGGAAGCCUUGGCCUUGCAGUCCUUGCUGCCAAACAACACCGCCAAAUAUUACAUCUACAACGGCUCGCUAACUUCUCCUCCCUGCUCGGAGACGGUCGAGUGGGUUGUCUUUCAACAUACCGUCGCCAUCUCGGAAACGCAGCUGGAGGUGUUCUGCGAGGUGAUGACCAUGGAGCAGGCGGGAUACGCCAUGCUGACCGAUUACCUGCAAAACAAUUUCCGAGAACAGCAACAGUUCAUGGGCCAGGUGUUUGCUUCGUACACGGGAGUGGAGGACGUGCCCACGCCAACCUGCAGUUCACCGCCGGAAAAUGUCCAAGCCGACGCCCAGAACGAAACGACCAUCGUCGUGACGUGGGAGCGGCCCCGCGUGGUUUAUGACACCACCAUCGACUGGUACACCGUCACCUACGAGAGGCUGCAAGGCCAAAACCAGAGAAAGCAGGAGUACAGGACCGACGGGGAUCAGGAUGUGGGAGCCAUCAUCACCAGCCUGCUUGCCAACAGCAGCUACGUGGUUCAGGUGGUGGCUGUUUGCACCAACGGCCUCAGAGGAAGAUGGAGCGACCAAAUUAUCGUGGACAUGCCGUUAGAGGAUCCCGAGAGCGAUGCCGUUCCUGAUGUCUCGAAAGACUUUAAAGGGAGCCGAGAGAUGUCACCGAACAUCAGAUGGCAGAAGCCGGAGAAUCCCAACCCUCUGGAUUUGACUCCGGUAGAUCACAGUCCAGUGGAGGAGAUCCCAGCAGAGCAAACCAGGGUUUAUCAAAACCAACCCACACACCACCCUCGGUUGCAAACAACCCAGAGCCCCCCGGUCCAGGUCGCCACUCAGUCCGCCCCGCAGCCUCCUCCCCCCGAGUUGGACGCACAGAAAACACGGCUCAAUCCAAAUGUGAAAAAGAAACCCUACAAUCCGAAAAGCGACGAGGUGAGCAAAAACCAAAUCGAUGACGGGCGAAGAACUCGAACACAACGGGUUCUGACCCACGGCGGCUUGGAUGGCAACGGGGCAAUCUGGGUAACGGGCAUAACCCAGCAGCCGGGCUUCCUGUUUCCCGUUUCUGCCCCUGGCACGCUGCCGACCGUCCGCCGCCAAAUCACAGAAGAGGCGUCUCUGCCGCAUCAGAUACAAGAUCUCAGCCCAACAGAUCCAAAUGAGACGGAAAGUGGCCUCCCUUCUCCCGAGUCGGACCUCUUCUCCCCCUCUGUUGAAGACAUCCAAGUCACGGAUGUUUUCUACGAAGACGCGCUCAACAGCUCUUCCCAAACGGCCACUUCAACUUCACUGCGAUCGAAUGUCACGCUGCCAGGCGUCACGGACUCCCCUCUGGACAGCGAUUCACCCGUGAACAAGCCCCCAGAAGCCAGUACCUCGUUUUGGAUCUCUGAGAGGACGGCAACUGGCAGCAACACCCUCGCUGAUACCGUCUACAAGUCGUUCACUUCCUCUUCUCUCCUCAGAGUGCUCAUGCAUACCACCCAACCCAUGUUUAAUGAGGGAAGCAACAGCAGUCACGAAUCUCACAUCGGGUUGGUCGGCAGUGUGGAGAGGGAGAAGAGGACCGUCAUUCCUCUGGCUGUUGUCUCCACUCUCACCAUCCUGUGUUUGCUGGUGCUGGUGGGCAUCCUGGUCUAUUGGAGGAACUGUUUCCAGACGGCUAACUUCUACCCCGACGACAGCGCGUCGCCGAAAGUCAUCUCAGCCCCGUCCACUCCUCUGCUGCUCGCCACAGACGGUCACGAGCCUUUGACGGUGAAGCAGUUUGUGAAGAAUGUCAUGGAGCUGCACAACACGAACACGUUCUCCAAGGAGUUUGAGAUUGUGAAAGAAUCCUAUGAGGAGGUGCAAACGUGCACAGUGGACAUGGGCAUCACUGCCGACAGUUCCAGUCAACCCGAGAACAAAUCCAAGAACAGAUACAUCAACAUCCUGGCCUAUGACCACAGCAGAGUGAAGCUUACCAACAGUUUGGACAGGGACGGGAAAUGCGAGGACUACAUCAACGCAAACUUUGUUGAUGGUUAUGAGCGUACCAGGGCCUACAUCGCCGCCCAAGGCCCUCUCCGAGCAGGCAGGGAAGACUUCUGGAGAAUGAUCUGGCAGCAGAACAUCGGCAUCAUCGUCAUGAUCACCAACCUGAAGGAGAAAGGCCGAACCAAGUGUGACCAGUACUGGCCAGAAGAUGGUCAGGAGGAGUAUGGUCCAUACCAGGUGACUUUGAAGAGCAGCAAGACCCUGGCUUACUACACACUCCGGACAUUCAUCGUCAGAGAAACCACAAAUAAGGCAGCCCAGAGGAAAGCGGAACACACGGUCCAGCAAUACCACUACACCCAGUGGCCAGACAUGGGCGUCCCAGAAUACACUCUGCCUGUCCUGUCCUUCAUUCGAACGUCUUCUCGGGCCAGAACGCAGGACAUGGGACCCGUCUUGGUACACUGCAGUGCCGGUGUGGGGAGAACGGGGACCUACAUUGUCAUCGACAGCAUGCUGCAGCAGAUCGAGGAUCAAGGCACGGUGAAUGUCCUCGGCUUUCUGAAGCAUGUGCGGACUCAGAGGAACUUCCUGGUUCAAACGGAGGAGCAGUACGUGUUCAUUCACGACGUCUUAGUCGAGGCCAUUUUGAGCCGCCACACCUCCGUCACCUGCGACCACCUCCACUCGUAUGUGUCGGGCCUGCUGACACCCGGAGUGUCAGGCCGGACGCGCAUGGACAAGCAGUUCAAGUUGAUCAGUCAGCGCCAAGCGAAACACGCCGACUACAGCACGGCCCUGCGAGACGGCAACGCCAUGAGGAACAGAGCCAGAGCGCUGAUGCCCGUGGAGAGAUCGAGAGUUUGCCUAACUGCCACGGAAGCAAACCCGUCAGGCUACAUCAACGCCUCCUACGUGCUGGGCCAUCGCCAUAGUAAGGAAUUCAUUGUGAGCCAGACGCCGCUCAGCAGCACCGUGGAGGAUUUCUGGCGUAUGAUCUGGGAGCACAACACACACGCCGCCGUCCAUCUGCCCGACCCACAUUGUCAGAAUGAGGACCAGGACCCGUACGUGUAUCGGCCCUCUGAAGAGCAAAUCAUGAACUUUGAGGGAUUCACCGUGUCACAUUCAGGGGAGAGGCACGUGUGUCUGUCCAAUGACGACAAAGUGGUCGUGCAGGACGUCACGUUAGAAUCCACGCAGAACAAUUACGCUCUGGAGGUGCGUCUGUACAGCGCCUCCUGCUGGCCCAACCCCGACAGCCCCAUUCGGAAUUGUUUUGAACUCAUCAACACAGUCAGCGAGCACAGCAGACGCACGCCCGGGCCUACUGUCGUGCACGACCCGUUGGGAGGCGUGACGUCGGGUCUCUUCUGUGCCCUCACCACUUUGUCCAAUCAGCUGCAGGAGGAGGGGCAAGUCGACGUCUACCAGGCGGCGCGGAUGACCAACCUCAUGAGGCCGGGCGUCUUUAAUGAUAUCGAGCAGUACCAGUAUCUGUACCGGGCCGUGCUGAGUCUGGUAAGCAGCCAGGAAGACCAGCGAGCCCUCCAGAGUCCGGAAACCAACGGAUCAGUCCUGCUGGGGAAGACCAACAUUGCCGAAAGCCUCGAGUCACUCAUGUAGACGACUCACACGCAUAUAAUCAGAGUACAAAUCAGUGUACAGGUCAGUGUCGAAGCUCCUCCGCAAGGGUCCCAAGAGCCGUGAGUACUUUCCCCACACGCUUAAAAACAUCUUUCAUUCUACCCCAUAGUCACAUGACUCUCGCCCUGAAAAGAUGUGAAGCCCGUCAAAAUCACCACAGUCAUGUGAUCACUCACGAUGCGACAAAGUGCACCUUUCUCAGUGCACUGUUCUCAGUUGAGCAAAAAAUGAAAACAAAACAGUUCUUUGAAGUGGUAAUGCAAAGACGGUUGUCCCAGCCAAAUGGCUCUGUGGCCUUUUGUAAUAAUUCACACUUCAUGUACUUUAAAAAAAAAAGCUCUUUUGCUUAUGCUACAUUUUGACUAAACCCACAAUAACGCUCUGUGAUCGACGUCUUUUUUCGAAAGGUGGCUCCCGUCUUGUUUGCACUUCUUGUUAGACAUUCCAUCCAAAUUCUGUCGUGAGUGUGGAACAUUUUUGGUCAGUGUUUUGUCAACGUCCCCAAUCAGACACUGUCGGUCAAUUAAUCAAUCCACUUUCUUCAACGGCGACUAUCUUACUGAUUUUUAUUUUAUUUUUGUGUGUGUGUGUGUGAAGAUCCCUUAAAUACCAAAAGGCCAAAUUACUGUAUGUUUUUACUGUAUGUAUAUUUUCUAUGACAUUUUUCUAGUCAUUUACACAUGCUGUAUAACCGCGUGGAUUCAAUUUGAUAAAUGCACAUAUGGAUCAUAGAUUUAACUCAUUGUUAAUGCUUUUUUUUUUUUUUAAUCGUUCCGGUAAUUGUAGCAAGUUAACACAUUUAUCUGCAGCCACAAACGUGCGCAGUAUGUAAAUAGCAACAGAUUGAAUAAAGACUUGAAUAUGA